GUCACGAAAGGCUUAGGUGAACAUUUGCUUCAAGUGCCUCGUUGGAAUAAACGAGUGACACACUUGACUUGAGAUGUCGCCGUGCGCUUUUGCAGUCGUGCUCUUCGGCCUUCUGCCUGCAGUUCUGUCGCAGAACGCAGGGUGCCCGGAUGUUGACUCUAGCUUGACCCCGUGGAACCCGGGGCAUGACCGCAACGCGCAGGUGGUUGUGGGUAGAGGUCAACACUACUUGCUUCAGUCGUCUGCAACGUUUUACUCACUGGAAAUCAAAGACGGGGGAAGACUUGUAUUUUCUGACUGGGGAUCGACAAGUGAUGCAGAAAUAGUCCUGAGGUCACGUGAGAUCAUCGUGGCAAGCGAUGGCGAGUUCCACAUCGGCAGUGAGACCUGCCCGUACCAGGGGAAGGCCACGGUGUCCCUGUACGGCCGCAAGGACGACCAGAAGAAUAGCAAACAGUUCCUGGUCAUGGCAGGUGGGACACUGGAGAUCCACGGGCAACACAAGCUGGCGUGGACACAGCUCACACAGACAGUUCCGGCAGGGGGCCUUCCUAAGGGUACCUACGCUUGGGAUUCGGACACUAUGGGAGGGGGCCGCGGAAUGCACGUGCACGUCAUCGAUGAGAUAUCGGGGGCCGUAUUGGACUGGCAAACUUUCGACACGUACGUCAGCGAUCAGAACAGCCGGCGUCUGGAAACCUUCAUUGACGAAAUACCGUCGGGGAAAAUCGUCGCACUGAUAACCCAGGAUGAAGGCUCCCGAAAACUGGAAGCAUCAGCCCGACAGAAGAUCAGGGAAGCCUUUGGAAGCAUCGAAGUGGGCUCGUUGGGGCACAGGCAGCCCUGGGUGAUGGUGGGUGUGAAGGGAGACCCCAGUGCUGUAGUUGAGCAAAGAAUCCCAUAUGUCGACGAACAGAGCACCGGCACCGCUGCCAUCACAGCUACCUUUGAUGCCUUCUUCGGCUCCUUCCAAGUCACUGGCACAAGUGCAUGGCAGGGAGGUCGAUCCAAGUUCACCUUUGCCAUGGAAGGUGCAGGUGGUGAGUACGUCAUCAACCUGAAGGAUGACGUCACUUCCUGGCAGCCUGGGGACCACAUCGUGCUGGCCAGCACUGACUACAAUAUGGAGCAGGCAGAGGAGUUCCAGCUGCUACCAUGUCAGGAGUGCUCCAGCCAUCAGGUCAAAAUCAGCGGGCAAAUCAAGUACACCCAUUUCGGUGAGAUCUCCGAUGACGUAGAUCUGAGGGGUGAGGUUGGUCUGUUGACCAGGAACAUCAAGUUCCAGGGGGAGGUAGAGGACAGCUGUUACGGGGACAACUUCUGUCAGUACUUUGACUACGACACGUAUGGCGGGCAUGUGAAGAUUUUACCAGGUUUCAAGAAUGUCCACUUGUCUGGUAUCGAGUUCACCCGCAUGGGCCAGCAAGUGCAAGGCAGCUACCCUGUCCACUUCCACAUGGCCGGAGAUGUGGACGAGGUCGGAGGCUACAGCCGCCCAACGUACGUCCGAGAGCUGUCCAUUCACCACUGCUUCUCUCGCUGUGUGACCAUCCAUGGGACUCACGGGCUGCUGGUCCAAGACACAGUUGGGUACGACACACUUGGCCACUGCUUUUUCCUCGAGGACGGAGUGGAGCAGCGUAACGUUCUGGACCACAACCUGGGCCUGGUGACGCGGGCAGGCACGCUCCUUCCCACCGACAGGGACGACAACAUGUGCCGGACCAUGAGGGACGCGGUCUACGGGGACUACGCUCCAGUUGUAGGCGACUGUCGGGCAAUAUCGACUUUCUGGAUUACCCACCCGAACAACAUCCUCACCAACAAUGCGGCAGCCGGAUCUCUGCAUACAGGGAUAUGGUACAUCUUCCACAGUGAGCCGACCGGCCCUUCAGCGGGCGCCCUCCCGAGGGGUCAGGCACAAAAGUCCCCCUUAGGACGGUUCUACAACAAUAGAGCGCACUCCAACGGAAUAGAUGGUUUUAUGAUCGACGAUGGAGUGAAGACCACUCAGCCGUCGGCAAAUGCACCAGAAGAGUACCUGUCCAAAACCGGAUCACGUUACAAGCCUCACCAGAACUCUGACCUCCGGCAACCACGAGUGCCGGCAAUGAUAGAGGGUCUCAUCGCCUUCAAGAACCAAGAUCAAGGAGCCUGGGUCCGUGGGGGAGACAUCUGGUUCAACAAAUGCGCCUUCGUGGAUAAUGGGAAAGGACUGACAAUGGCCAGCGAGGGCACGUUCCCCAACGACGUGGGGUCGAGCCAGCAGGUGUGGAACAGUAUCUUUAUCGGGGAGAGUGAGAACGUGGGCACUGCCAGCGGGUCCAGUGUCUGGGGAAUGGGAGGGGUCAAACCGGUGGCGAGGAGCCUGCCUCACUCGACUACCUAUCCGAUGCGAGGACUGGAAAUAUAUGACGGUCCCGUUCUAGCCGAAAGCUGCACCUUCAAGAAGUUCGCCGCCGCCCCGGAGUACAACCGCUGGAGCAGCGCGAUCGGAUACCUCCUGGGCAACAACUGGCAAAUGUCACCAACCAACAACGUCACAGGGGCAAAGUUUGAAAAUGUCCAGACCCGUGUGUUCCACGGCGGUAAGAACCUGCCCUGGUUUGGUACGUACGAGAAAGACGGUGAUAAGUCACAGAUUACGCAUGACGUGGACGGCAGUGUCACCGGCUAUCCUGACAGCUAUGUAGUAGGACAGAACAACUAUCUGGUCAGGAACCCGGGAUGUUUAGAGAAGUCUGAGUGGCGAGCAUACGUCUGCAGCGGCAAAUAUGGACAGCUGUAUAUCCAAGCAAAGCAGCCUAACACCCUCGUCAUGUCGAUGGUCCGUGACGAGUAUCCCGAUCACCCACUUACAGUGAAGGGGCCUCUGAAGCAGGGUCCUAACGGUAUGCAACAGUACCAACCUACGGUGAUGCUGGAGAAGUCCUACACCAUCCACUGGAACGGCCGGGCUCCCAACCUAGUGACCGUCUACCCUGUAAACUUCAACAGUGGAGACUGGCUCCGGUUGGGACUCUGCUACCCCCCAGGAACCCUGUUCCGUGUGACGUACCAGCUGGAGAGGCGGUAUCCACGCGCCGUGCUGCAUGACGAGGAGAUGAACCCCGUGUCGAGCCUGGCUUCUGUCGAGGGUGGAGACGGCAAGGUGUUCUACUUUGAGGAAAGCACAGGCCUGUUAUUCAUGAAGAUACACGCUAGCUACGAUCGGGAUGGCUACGACUACUGUUCACACAUGGGCUGUGAGAAGAUCAUCAUCUCAGCCACCAUGACAAGUGACGCGGUCAGCGACUGUACGGCAGCAGCUUAUCCCAAGUACAGCCUGACGCCGACAGAGACUGUCCCCAUGCCGAGCUUCCUGAGCAUGGUCAACGACUGUUCUGGAUGUGGUGCUCCGGAGUCGAUCGUCUAUGACGACAACCUGAAGUACCUCGAAGUGUCCAUUCAGUCUGCAGGAUGGGAGGAAUUGCAGCUGGGUCACAGGUCCUUCGUAGAGAUAGGCGGAGUGAGGUACAAUGGUCACCAUCGUGGGUACCUCGUCAUGAGUGUUGACGCACUGACUGGUGCCGUGGCGCACCGAAUGACGUUCGACACCUACGGGCAACCUGAGUCUGAUGCCGCAAUGGCGAGCUUCAUUCGAACCGUCAUCCCACACAACUCCAUCGUCCUUGUGUCGGUACGUGACGCAGCACACGUUCAUGCCCAAGAGUGUCUGAACGCUUUGAAGGAGAUCGGGGCACAGGAACCUGUCCAGACGGAAUUCAGAGGCAAUUUCGCCAUGGUUGGUUUCAAGGGCACCGUGUGGCCAAGCUGGGUCCAGCAAGUCAACCUGCCGGCCGGUCAGGGUCCGGCACAGAUCUACGCCAAGAUCCCGCUCAUGGGCUGAGUCAUGGAACGAUGGAAAUUCAUCA